GUUUAUCUAGAUGAUAUCGUCGUGUACGACACCACUUGGGAAGACCAUCUUAGGCAUCUGAAGACAGUGUUUCAAAUCCUGGAGGCAGCAAACCUAACGCUACAGCCAGCAAAAUGCACCUUUGCGAAAGGGACAGUAACCUAUUUAGGACACCAAAUUGGUUCCGGGGUGGUACAACCUAAGAAAUUAAAGAUGGAAACUAUAGAAAGGUUUCCUCAACCUAAGACGAAGAGAGAGGUACGAGCUUUUCUCGGCCUGACAGGGUAUUAUCGAAGGUUCAUACCUAACUAUGUCAUGAUUACGGACCCACUGACUCGCCUGAUCUGCAAG